GGCGGCCUUUGAAGGUAUUCAUUUCUUGGGAUAUCGGAAAGUCUCAGAGGAUUUAUUCAAGAUGAACUGCGAAUAUUUGAAAGAAAAGGACGGACAAAACUCUAUGAGAUGGGAUGUUCUGCCAUUUCAUUGGUGGAGUUGGCAUCCCGAUGUCUCUUUGCAGCAGGAUACGGACGGUACAGCGCAUCCAGUGUUAAAACGCCGGUAUUUUGGCCGAUAUUCCCGCGCGUCGGGUAAAAUUUCGCUUUAAUUAUAGAAUCCGCUGAGAUGUUUGAGAAUCAUAGUGAACCUUUGUCUCCGGCCUCUUCAUCCGAUUACGAUCAGUACUCAUCAACGAAACUAACGGAUUUAACGAAUUCACACGAAAAAUAUCUGCCUACAAUCCACCCGAAUCUGGACGACACCAAAAGUGCUUUCAAUGUUUUCCGUUCCCAUCGUGGCUCCCCAACUCAGCCCCCUUAUGGAGCGAACAUGGAUAAGUAUUUCAUGGACUACCAGAAUGGGUCUUAUAUUCAUGACCAGCCAGUGUAUCCAGCUGCACCUUAUCUUCAGUAUCCGGGUAUGUACAUUAAGCAAGAGCCUGCUGAGGAGCCUCAACUGCUAAAAACCCGCAUCUUAGCGCGAAAGCGAAAAAGCGUGGAUUCGGACGAUGAAAAUUCAAUCAACGGAAAGUCAAAAAAUCGACGAAAAGUCCCGCAGAGUUUCGAGGAAAUCCAAAAUCAGCGAAUAAUGGCCAACGUGAGGGAAAGACAAAGAACUCAGAGUUUGAACGAGGCCUUUGCCAGUUUGCGAAAGAGCAUUCCGACGUUGCCUUCGGACAAAUUGUCCAAAAUCCAAACUCUAAAGCUGGCAGCCAGAUACAUCGAUUUUUUAUACCAUGUUUUAUCUACAUCAUCAACGGAAAAUCCGGGCGACAGCGAUGUUCUAGGAAACGUGUGCUCGUAUACGGCCCACGAAAAACUCUCCAGGGCUUUUAGUAUGUGGCGAAUGGAAGGCGACUGGAACAAUCAGUUAUAAAAAAACGAACAAAAAGAAAUCAGUGAGUUAAGUUAGGAAUAUCAACAAGGAGCCAAUGAAACUGUGCAACUAAUGUUAGUUUACUUUUAGCAACAAUUCUGCUUACGUGCCAUUCUCCAACUAAAAGAGAAUACGUCGUAUGUGAUGUAAUGGAAAUUUCGCUGGUGAUAAAUGCAACCAUGGAAAAACCCUUCGAGCCGUUGACAAAACGACCGCUUUUUGGAUAUUCCAGGCGGACGUGGCCUGGACUCUACAUAAAUAUUAUUUGCUGUUUUUAUUUCUAACAUUCGAAUGGACUACAUGGACUCUGUUUCAAAAAAUCUCAGGCUUAUUAUAACGUGUAAAUGUUUCAACUUGGUUUAACGAUUUGAAUAAUGAAAUGCUUAAAAUUGUGAAAACUAGCCAAAUAAUUGAUCAAAUGCCUGUUUCGUUAAUUACUUAAAAUAUAUGAAAGAAUAUAUAAAUGAAGAUAUCCAUUCGCUGUUAGUGUUGUAAAAACCGCAAAUAACACGUGGUCGGUUAAGUUAAGUAGCCGUUUUGAUAAUGUGAAUCAACUUUCCGGAUAUUCUAAUGCCUUACAAAUUUAUUAGACAUACAAUUUAAUUCUUUGAAGCAAGCAAGGAAUUUACCAAACUGCAAAUUAAAUAAAUUUUUCGCUUUUCCAGUCGGAUUUCGGAUUUUUACCCACAUUGUGAUUCUUAUUAAAAUACCAUAAUAGUUUGCAAUAUUUUAGGCCUAAAAAGGUGCAUUUUCGAGAACAAUUUUUACAAAAACGACCUGGGUUUUUUAUCUACGCCCCAUUCAUUGUCCCUUUCCGAUUCUUUAUAUUUUACUUAUCUAAUUUAAAUAUACUUAUGUACACUACCUAGGUAGAUAGAUUACAAUUUUUUAAAUUCAUAAACGUAUUUUGCUAAAUUUAUUUGAUAGCAGAUGAAGCGGUUACACCGUACAUUUGGAAAUCCCCAUUUUAUUGAAAUUUUUAUUACAUGCUUGGGGUUGGCUCAAGUUGGACCGUGGGUUUUUCCCGCUUUAGGGUCGGCCCUUACCUGAGCUGCACCUACGAUACGAUUACCGGCCGGACAUUCUUCAAAUAUAUUACGUUUCUUAAACUUUAUGACAAUCAAGUUUUAAAUGCAAGUAAAAUACAUUUUUCUCGUAUCUGGGAAAAGACUUAUUUUUUCCUGUUUGUGUUUUUUUUUUAGAGAAAUAAUAAGCGUUUUCUGAUAAUGCAAUCUAUAAGCAGUGAAAUAUCACAGGAGAAACUUGGUUAUUUAAUUACAAAAUUAUCACUUCUUUCUCUGAUCAUUUUUCCUCGGGAAAGUCUCGAUCUGCGACUUUACAGUACGAAAACCCCAAUUUUAAGUCCUGGUAUUACAACUUCAACUACUCAAAUAACCGAAACAAUAUUAAGUUCUUUUCGCAUUGAAACUCGUGUUUAACUUUUUAGUUUCAUUUUACGGUUUUUCRAUUAUUGUUGACAUUUUUCAAAUGAGRAAUUUUGGGUUCGAAAAAUCGGCACRCCAAUUUGAAAAYAUUUUCACUGACGCUUCAAUGUGGCCGUUUGCAUGUAUCUAUUCAAAUUCGCAAUUUCCWCGCCAACCUUAUAAAAUGUUUGUUCGAUACAUCAUUCAGACGUUUYUUAAUUAAAUACUUAACUUACAUAAAAAAAAAGCUGAAUGUUCUGAAACACGUGGUCGACCAAUCAUGGCAUUGAAGGCAAAAUGCGUUUUAUGCCCAAGCCAUUAAAAUGCUGUUGCAUUAAYAAAUAAUGGAUAKUUUAAAAAAUUWAUUAAUUAAAGCAUUGAGUUAGUGUGCAUUUGAAAAAAAUUAUAUUUUCUCAGUGAUUCGAUAAUUAU